GCACAACAUAUCGCAGAAGCAAUAUCCAAGAAUCAGGUAACUAGUUUUUGAAAAAUCUGUAAAUACUCAGUAUUAAUACUGCCAUUGGUUACAAACAGACCUUGACAGCGCUGGAUCUCGCUGAAAAUCAGAUUAGCGAGACAGGGGCAGAACACAUAGCAGAGGCCCUAAUAAAUAAUCAGGUAACUAGCUUUUGAAAAAUCUGGAAAUACUUAGUAUUAAUACUCCCAUUGGUUACAAACAGACCUUGACAACACUGAAUCUCGGGUGGAAUUAGAUUUGCGACAUAGGGGCCCAUCAUAUCGCUGAUGCACUAACAAAGAAUCAGGUAACUAGAUUUUGAAAAAUCUGAAAAUACUCGGUAUUAAUACCUCCAUUGGUUACAAAUAGACCCUGACAGCACUGUAUCUCGGGUGGAAUAAGAUUAGCAACAUAGGGGCACAACACAUUGCAGAUGCACUAACCAAGAAUCAGGUAACUAGAUUUUGAAAAAUCUGAAAGUACUCAGCAUUAAUACUCCCAUUGACUGCAAAUAGACCUUGACAAUACUAGAUCUCAACAGAAAUGAGAUUAGCAACACAGGGGUGCAACGUGUCACCCAGUUACUAGGUAAUAAUCAGGUACGCUUGUUGAGAAUGUACGUGAAGUACGUAAUCGUCAUCUUUUUUUAUGGAACCAGACUUUGAAAGCGAUUGAAGAGAAUAAGAAUAUGAUCAGCAGGAUUGGCUUGCAGUAGCAUGCGUAACCAAUGCAGCACAAGCAAAUGGUAUAGUUCGAUUUUCAUGGACCUGCUUCCUAAAAGCAGUUGUGAGUGCCUCAGGACAGUUUGAAAGUGUGGUUUGUCAUAGUAUUGGUUAUGGAUAUUAGUGUAAUGGGCUCUAUCUUGGAUGUGAAGCGGGUAACUAUGGCACGACUUGUUGAUUUUGAUUCAAUUGGAUAAAUAGCGAAGCGUUCAUGCAAUUAUUAUUAUUUUUUUCUUGUGCUAUGAAAAACAUAUGGUGUGAUUAUUCUGGGCUAAAGAUAGUUUAAACUUUUUCCAUAAACAAAAAUUAGAUGAAAAUGAUCAGUGUACUUUAAGAGUAUGUUUUCAUGGGUAUGAAUGUGUGAAUCUUUAGAUUUAUUUGCUUAUGAGUCAAGAUCUCCCUGGAAUCUGUAGUCAAAACGGAAUAUACGCAAUUUAGGUUUGUUUGAUUACUACACAAAGUUGUCAGUGGAGAGUUUUCUAGACAAUGUCGUGGCCGACUAUUUCACAUAGCUACUGUUACAGGAAUGGCAGGACUAACCAAACAGAAUCUAUUGGCUUCUAACUUGCCUGGUAGACUUAUUUCGGAAAAAUGCUUUUACUGUAUCUAUGCAUUGACUUACAGUAUCGGUCAGGUUUGUUUUCAAUAAUGCUAGUUUCCAUCAUGUUAUCGGUUGUUCUUUAGUUAGAUGUUGUGAGUACGGCGUCUGCCAGCAGUGUAAAAAUACUAAACUAGCUCAAAAAUACAUUGCAGCGUAUAUACAAAUAACGGUUCCUGUAAAUCAGAUCGAAUAAUAUCAACAUUGCUUCAAGCUAUAAAUAACUUGGUAUUGCCUGAAAGCGAUAAUGGAAAUUGAAAAUGUUUGCUGUUUAUCUUCUUGUGUAGCACAAUUUCGAUUUACCUCAGUUUUCUCGUCGGCGCAGUUCUUGCUUGAGGGUGUUCUUCUUCUCUUUCAAAAGUCAACGUAAAACCGCACACAAAAACAAGCUGUUGAAAUAAAAUCUAGCGUUUUCAGUUGACUUAAAAUCUCAUACUUAGACAAUGAACUGAGUCGAUUGAUCCUCAUUAAUAUGCACCCUGUAUGGAAUUUUUCGCCGUAGUAUGAUUUGCAAUGGCUUGUUAUAAAUUGACUUCUUACUAAUAAUAAUGAAUUGGCUUGUGUGGAUUUAUGAAUAAAAAUUUAUUCAUGUGAAAACGUUGAAAAAAAUUCAUAGAAAAAGAUAGAACUCCUCUGAGUUAAAUCCAAUUGACUUUGAUCAAGCUGUUGUAUUCCCUGAAAAAGGUUCGACAUUCAAACGUUUUCUAAUAGUUUUGUAUCUUCUAAUUACUAGUAAUAGUUUUCGCUCUAUAUUCAAAGAACUCACGUACUAUAUUGAGUUAGUUUAUUUUUUUAAUCUAAAGUUGUCGAUAUCAAUAUUCUUCUAUUCCGUUUUUUGGACACUUUAUAUGAUACAAAUGAGAAGAAUUUGUGUUGUUUGCCUUUAUUAAUAUGCAUAUAGAUAUCAAAAAUCUGUAAAGAUUCAAUUUCUUGUGAAUCAACUGUCUAGUAUGAAAAUAUGAAAUUUACUUUACAAAUACGAUUUCUCUCCGUUUAUUAUUACAAAAUGAACAUUUAUAGUUUAAGAUUUGGUGAAAAAAGUAUUAGUGAGCAAUGCACCUAUGAUUGAAUGUACAAGAGAAAAGUGAUUUUUAAAGUAAAACUAUACAUGCCAGAGAAUAAUUGAAAAUAAAAUGCAAGUUAUCUAUAAAAAUAACUGAUUCUUAACUGAACACAAUCUCUGAAUAUGAGAUAUGGUUUGAUCCGGACAGUAAUAUACCAAUAAACUAAACUCUCAAUAAGCGGUAGGACGUACUUCGUUGCCGAUCGAGAUGAUUUAAGCUUGUAAAAAUAUUUUAGGUGAUAAGAAUAAAUCAUAGUUAUUAAACUCUAUACUCAUCGCAUCGAAUUAGCUAUAAUUCUAGAAUAAAAAAAUCUUAUCAACCAAUAAGUCUCCGUAUAAAGCAAAAAACGUAGUGGUACGAAAUGAUUAUCUUCUUUUAGAUUUUUAUGAUGAUUACUUGAUAGCAGGGUUGCCAGCUGUUCAGGUUCUGCUCUACAGGAUAAAUCUCGUCAUCCACCAUUACUUUGAUUGCAUUGAAAACACUUUUAUGUUUUCUAAGUUGAAUUCCACUUGGCUAUAUAUUCGAAACAAAUAUGGUUACUACAUUUUUAGCUGGUACUCAGGUUUCACAAUAUGAAGAUAAAUUUAUUGAUUUUUUGCCGUUGAACAAUGACUCAACGAAAGACAGCAACAAGAAUUUUUUUUAUCUUGUUUUGAUUUAAUAUUCAUCUUUUACUGAAUAGAUUAUGCCAUUAAAGAUUUAUUAAAAAUUUAGCUUUAUUUCUAUCGAAUUUUUUAAAAGAACAUGGCGUAAUGAUUGAACGUACAUCUGACUUAAAAGAAACUUUACUUGAAGCAUUACAGUGUCUUUCUUUUAAAACCUGAGGUUGAAGAAGUAGAAAUAUUUAAAAUAUAUUUGGAAUGUUGGAAUAUUGCAAGUGCUGAAUUUUAUCGAGAAGUACCAUUUCAACAAACAGUACCAUUAUAUAGUCGAAAUACAAAUAGUACGCCAACACGUCGACAAUUUUAUGGUGUUAUUUUAUCAAAGGUUCGACGAAAACGAACGUAA